AGAUACCAAGGAAGCUAAGCAGUUUAACGUGCAAUCAUUUCCACAUUUUUUUUUACUUAUGAAUUUAACUGACGUUAUACAGCUAGCAGAGCUCUCACCAUGGGGGUGGCGUCUUUUACCAUAGAACUUCGUCCAGAAUUACCGGUGUACUUCGCGGGCCAAAUUAUCAGCGGUGUUGUUAAAGUCGUCACUGACUCGCCUGUUCCCUGCAAAGAUCUGAAGGUAAAAUGCCAUGGUAAAGGCAAGGUGUACUGGAGAGAAACUAGAAGUGGGUUUUCGAAGAAUUUUGAGGACAAAGAAGAGUAUUGGGAACAAGAGCUUGCUCCAUCUUCUCCAGAAAAUGCUCGUUUCAUUCGUUCGGAAGCCUGGCCAGCAACAAUAGAGACGGGAACCCACGAGUUUGGCUUCGAAUUCAUCCUGCCUGUGGAGGCGCCCUCAUCUUUCGAGAGCCCUCACAGCUACGUUAGGUACAAAGUCAAAGCCCUCGCCAAGCUGCCCUCGGCAUCUGACAAGAAAGCUGAAACUUAUUUCUCCUUCUGCCAGCCCUACGACCUAAACCGCGACCGUGCUGCCCGGGAAUAUUUCGCUCUGCGUAAGGAGCUGAGUUGGGGCCUCAGGCCCCUGAAGCACGGGCCUGUCACGCUGGAUCUGCAGAGCGCCAGCAAAGCGAGCGUCUGUGGGGCGCUGCUGCAGAUCCAGGCCAGCGUCCGCAACGCCGGCCACUCCGACGUCACCGUUAAGGUGGCGAUGAAGCAGAGACUCCAGUACAUCAGCCGUUCCAAAACUAAGCACCAAACGCGCUUGGUGUGGCAGACGGACGCGUUCACUUGCCCUCGAAGCUCCAGCGACGCUCGUAACUUCGAGUUUGUGAUCCCUGCGGUGGUGCCACACUUACAGUACUGUAAUAUCAUCAGGAUGCGUUAUGUGCUGCAGAUAAAGACGAGCUGCACCUUGGCGAAGUCGUUGAAAAUUGAGGCGCCGUUCUUCCUAGGCACGAUACCUCUCCUGAGGGAAGAGCACUUCGCCAGUUCGUGGGAACCCAGCAUCCCAAGACCUCGUGACAAAUUCACCGUAACCCACGGUAGCAAGAGCUUGAAUGACCAGUCAGGCAAGAACUCAGAUGUCCGAGGCGCAGAAGGAAAAUCAGGAAGCUCAGGCAGGCACUCAGAAGCCCGCGGUGCAGAAGGACAGUCAGGAGGCUCAGGAAAGCACUCAGAGGCCCGCGGUGCAGAAGGACAGUCAGGAGGCUCAGGCAAGCACUCAGAGGCCCGAGGUGCAAAAGGACAGUCAGGAGACACAGGCAAGCACUCAGAGGCCCGAGAUGCAAAAGGACAGUCAGGAGGCUCAGGCAAACACUUAGAGGCCCGCGGUGCAGAAGGACACUCAGGAGGCUCAGGCAAAUACUUAGAGGCCGGCGGUGCAGGACAACCGAGCAACUGUGGCAAAUACUUAGAGGCCUACUAUGUAAAAGGACAGUCGAAUGAUUCAGGCGGAUACUCAGGAGAUUUUGGUCUUGUAAGGCAUUUGCCCAACUCAAACAAUGGCCACUCAGUUGAGGUGUCCGUCGGCACUUGCUUUUUCAGCUCACUGCACACAAAUUUGCAUCCGCAACGCCUUAACACGAAAUGCCCUCCACCCAAUUUUGUCAUUCUGCCAAACCUUAAUGCUAUAAUGAAAUUGUAGUGUGUAUCUCCUACUAUGGCAUAAUUUGCUUUCGAUAUGGAAGAGUACAUAAUGAGGUUGCAAUAUUCUCUGCCGGACUUCCAAAGUCACAUUAAAAGCUUUAUAUCACUGUGCAAAAAAUGAAAACCAACAGAGUCGACAGAGCCAAUCGCCAAUUAAUUGACGUCAUUAGAAGUCACUAAAUUGAACGUUGUUGAAGUGCAGGAGCAAUUUCUUCCGCGCUUAUCACGGGGUACGAUUGAUUCCAGUUACAGGUAUAAAGAUACAAUAAAAUUUAUUAAUCAAUUUUUGUUAAGAACAAGUUUCACAAAAUCAAUAUUGUCGAAAUAUGAAUAAUAUGUGCAAUACGAAGUUGUGUUCUACUUUUAGUGAUAUUUAUACCGCAUGAUACUAAUACAGCCUUUCUUCCUUUUACUGCGAGUCUCCUGCAUUUUGUGAGAUAAAAUAUACGAUAUGAUAUGUUAUCUCUCACACCCCGAACAGACAAUUGACAUGAGUUAGAUAUGCAGCUCUUGUAACCCGUUGAGCAAUAACCCACUUUGAAGAGUCCCUUUAUAAUGCUGUUUUUAACUUGGUUUUGUUAUGCCAAUAAUCACAAAGUUACCUCUUAAAUGUUAAGGUAACAGUAGAGAUGCGUGAACAUUUAUUGCCGUUCUUAUUACAUAAUCACACGAGGCGGAACUGAGUUUUCAGGUCGAGAAUGGGAAGUCCAUGAAUUAUAGCUUGGCUACAGGUCAGCAUUCAUGCAGCCGGAAAAGUACCAUACUCUUAAGUGGACAGUCAUCUCACUGUUUUAUUUCUCUUUAUUCUACUUAAAAUAUAUGAUAAAUCGUGUUAUAGCUUCAUCAGGAGGCAAAAUUGUAUAGGUAUGCAUUGUUUUUAUUAUAUUAUCGAACAUUGUGUUUCAAACUAAUGCAAUUGUAUGACAUGAUUUCUAAGCUGUUUGUACUCACUUGCACGAUAAAAAUCUGUCAAUUGCAACUUCAUCUUCAACUCGGGCAGUUGAUGUUAUUCAUAUCUUAUUCUAAUACUUCAUUGUUGUGCACUGUUAAUCACGUUCAUUCCGUGAGAUUUGAGAAAGAGACAUGCAAUUACACUAUAACAGCGACUCAUUCCUUUUAUUUUCAAAAACUGUUCUACAAACUCCCAAUUAUACCAAAAGCCUGUUUUCCUGCAAUGUGUUCAGUUGAUCAUAAGAUUAUCAUGGCCUCUGUGCAUGCACAAUAUUCCCGAAUACAUGAAUAAUUUCAUCGUUUUAGUUUAUAUCUUGAUCAUUCAAUUAAAUUUUUCGGACGACCAUAUUUUCUAAAUUGCGUGCGUUUUAAUAUACUUACUUUAAUUUGCUCCUAAAACGAAUAACCAUGUCACAAAUUACGAAAGCAGCAAGCGAUUUCUAGGCUAAAACGAUUUUGCGACUUUGGAACCUUCUCUCGUAAUUUGAUGCUCUAAAGAAUCGAGCAAGUAUCUCGGCAAAUUUCACUAUUUAUAUGCGGUUUAUUAGCGUUUCUGUAGUAUUUUUCAUCAAAGCAUAUGAAGAGUGCGAAAAAAGUGUAAUGGUUGGAGUGUGGCACUUUAGCGGAUAGGUUAUAAUGAUGCAGUGGACAUUGCUGGAGCGCUGGCGGUGGUGCGUUAUAAACCCCAACGGGCGUUCACUCUUGCUCACCGCUGCGCAGAAAAAGAAGACAAAGUUUUCAACUGAGU